CUUGAUGGGACGAUCGAUCGUGAAGCCGAUGUUUGGAAAAAACCUAACAACGAUUGGAUCAAACAUGGCUGGUUUGUUCUUCGUUUGGUCAACUCUCAAGAGAUACUUCCCUCGACAGAUUCAGCAACUUCUCUUCAAUGCAAUCCAACGAAUACCCAUUUUCAAGAAACUCUCAGACAAGAUCUUCCACUUGUUCUCACCUUACGCUCACAUCAGAUUCAGUGAAAUCGAAGAGUAUAGAUACAACUACGCUUAUGCAGCUGUGAAGACCUACCUUGGUGCAAAAGUUAACUCUGAAGUGAAGAAUCUUAAAGGGAAUCAAGUUAAAGAGAACACGUCUUUGGAUUUGAAACGAGACGAUGUUAAAAUCGAAGAAGAGUAUGAAGGUGUGAAGAUGUGGUGGGAGAUCUUUAGAUGUGUUAAAGGGAAGAAAAUCUGUAGGCUUACUUUUCAUAGAAGUAAUUGGGAUGUUGUGACUGGUUCUUACUUAAGCUACGUUGUGGAAGAAGGGAAAUCGAUUAAGGCGAGGAAGAAGAAGUUAUCGGUGUUUAUGAAUAAUCCGAGUUUGCGUUGGAAAACUAAUAUGAAAGGUCUUUGGACUUGCAUUGAUUUCGAGCAUCCCGCAACGUUUGAUACUUUGGCUAUGGAUAUUGACAAGAAAGAUGAGAUUUUGAGUGAUCUUGUGGCGUUUAGAGAUGGCAAAGAGUAUUAUGAUAGGAUUGGGAAAGCUUGGAAGAGGGGUUACUUGUUGUAUGGACCUCCAGGGACUGGUAAGUCUACGAUGAUUGCGGCUAUGGCGAAUCUUAUGAAGUAUAAUAUCUAUGAUCUUGAGUUAACUUCGAUUGGAAGUAACUGGGAGUUGAAGAAGCUGUUGAUAAAUACGACUAGUAAGUCCAUCAUUGUGAUUGAGGAUAUAGAUUGUUCCUUGGACCUCACGGGAGAGAGGAAUGUUAAAGACGUGAAAGGUGAUGAAGGGAAGAAGAGUAAUGCAGUUACACUCUCAGGGUUAUUGAACUUUAUAGAUGGGAUUUGGUCAGCUUGUGGUCAAGAGAGGAUUCUUGUGUUUACAACGAAUCACUUGGGGAAACUUGACCAAGCUUUGAUUAGAAGAGGUCGUAUGGAUAUGCAUAUUGAGCUCUCUUAUUGUACGUUUGGUGCAUUCAAGAUUCUAGCCAAGAACUAUCUGAAUCUUGAUUCGCAUUACUUGUUUGGAAAGAUUGAGUCUUUGCUUAAAGAAACGAAGAUAACACCGGCUGAUGUUGCGGAGAAUUUGAUGGUGAAAGAUCGGACAGAAGUUGAUGGUUCACUCAAGGGUUUGAUCCGAGCUUUGGAGAGGAUCAAGUGGAGCCAAAAGGUUAAAGCCGAAGAACAACACAACAAGGAGAUUAGCCAAAUUUAGGUAUUUAUAUAGGUAAAGAUUCUGCUUUGAAUUUAAUAUUUUAGACUUCUAGUCACCAAUUCUAGCUUCUGAGAUCAAAUGUGUUGAAUUUGAUAGGUACCUUAAUAUUGAUGUCA